AUGCACCUCAGCAAGAAGAGGGCCAGUGAACUUUACCGCCGAGGCUUGUUUCGUGCCACUACAGGCCUGGAGAUUCUUUCGAGCGGUGGCCGAGUCUGGUCCGACUUCGGUGAGGCAGAUUACGUGAGGUUCCAGGAGAGCCUACAAGUGAAGAACGUGGACGUCUUUAUCAGUCACUCGUGGGCUGCUGACCGCUGGGAGAAGCAUCUGGCCAUGUGUUUCUUUCUCAACUUGUCAUCGGCGCAGAAAGCUGCCGCUGCAGGUGCUAUAUUUUCGCAGUGCCUACUGCUCCUCCUUCCUGAGCAAAGCAUCGACAUCACGUACUUCAUUGUGUUGGAUUUGCCAGUGCUGCUCUUCUUUAUACUCUUCUUCUUUGGGCAGCAUCUUACAUGCGGGUCCACAACCAUGUGGAUGGACAAGAUGUGUAUUGACCAGACCAGUGAAUCUACCAAGUCGCGUGGAAUUGCAGAGCUGCCUGCGAUUGUAGCAAACUCCGACCAGUUUCUGGUGCUAUGGAGUGAGUCCUAUUUUGGCCGAUUGUGGUGCAACUUCGAAUUGUCCAUCUUCGUGAGGCUCUGUGACCUGGGGAAGAUUCGGUGCGUGCCUUUGUGGAUGGCACCUUGGCUUCUGACAACCAUCCUCUUCUCUUGGAUUGGUUCUCGGCUGGACGCCAUGGUCCUGGACAGUGAUCCUGACGCUUUCACCGUCGUCAUGUCCUUUGACCCAACCUGUGAGAGCGAGCUGGCUUAUGCCAUGAGGCGUAUCAUGCAAUACGUGGCAGAGGCCCCUUUCUUUGCAAUAACUUUGCUCCCAACCCUCAUCGUCAGUGCCGUUUCGUUCAAGACGAAGUUGGACAGACAUGAGGCCAUGCUCAGACAGAUGGAGACAUUCGACAUCAGAGGCGCGUCAUGUUCUGUGGAGCAGGACCGUGACGUCAUCGAAACGAAAGUCGCGGAGCUCUUUGAUGGAAUUGAUGACCCAGUGCUUGCAGUGGAUCUUGACUCGGCUUUGCUGGGUGAAGUUGUAGAGGCAACCUCAACAACGGUGCCCUAUGAGACCAGGCCUGCCAUACGUUCCGUCACUACGUACUUUGGCCACGAAGAAAGUCUAGAUGCGUUCAAUAACUUUGUACGGCAUCCACUCCGUGCUGAAGUCACUGAAGAUCUGGGCACUGAGACACAAUUACCAUGGAGCAUUUGCCUGCUGACCUUCUUUCCCGCCUUUCUGGAUUUUGCUGCGCAGACAUGGGUUGGCAGGCCAUCCCGCAGCAAGGCAGGUUUCACGUCAGAUGGGCAAUACUUCGCAAUGAGUUUUGGGACAGCCUUCCUGGCGUUCCUUUUGAACUUUCCUUUGAGCCCUCCGUGUUUUCUCCAGCUUUUGAAGUGUAUAGUUGUGAGAACCAACCCUGGACUCUGGCGCGGAAUCCUCGCCUUGAGUGCGGGCUUCAUGUUGAAUAUGAGCUUAUGUACCAUGUAUGGGCUGAUGACCGGAAUGCUGGAAAGCUUUGUUGUGACACAGCACCCGGCACUGCUGGCCGCCUUCUUGUUUGUGCUGGUCGUGCAUUUCCUGCUCAACCUCAUUGUGUACAGGCAGGAGCUUUUAAGCUUACCUACCUGGCGCCUGUCCUGUAGGGGGCUCUGUCGCUCAGAGUACGACGGAGUGUCUUGA